GGGACCGCAGGCUUCUGGAAGGGAAGGGCGCUUGAACAGUUUUCAGUGGUGAGUGGAUAGCGCAAGGGAAAGCUUUCUCUUCUUUGAAAUUUGAAUUGCUAAAAUGGGCACAGAAUCACUGCUCUGCUCAUGCCCGCUUGAUUCGAAUGCUCCAUUUUCCCCCAAAUGGAAAUUUUCUACAAAGCUCAAGUCCCUGGCUUCCCCACCUCUUUCUUCCACCACUCGAGCUUCCCGCCCCAUCCAGGACAAAAACAAGGUCUACAAAGAACUGGGUAUGUUUUCCUUAAGAAAGAAGAUUGAGGAUGCAGUUCUCCAAGCUGAAACCUUGGCACCAACAGCAUUAGACCUUGAAGAAGCAAGACGUAUUAAGCAGGAAGAAACAAUACGUCAAUAUAACUUGUGGGAUGAUCUAGCUAAAUCAAAUGAAAUCCUCCUGAAGUUAGCGGAUAGCUCAAAAAUGGUUGAUGCUCUUAAAGACUUAAGAUAUAAGGCUGAAGAAGCUAAGUUGAUCACUCAGUUGGCAGAGAUGGAUGCUAUAAAUUAUAGGCUUUUUAAGCAGGCGUAUGGUGCCUCUUUAGAUGUUAGCAAGUUCUUGGACAAGUAUGAGAUGUCCAAACUUCUUAGAGGGCCAUAUGAUUUUGAGGGAGCAUGUGUUAUAAUUAAAGCUGGAACUUCGGGCUUCUACCCUGAGGUCUGGGCUGAACAGCUACUUCGGUUGUAUGUUAGAUGGGCAGACAAACAAGGUCUUGGUGGAAGGGUUGUUGAAAAACAUCUUUCAGAGAAUGGUGGUGUCAAGUCUGCAACUAUUGAGUUAGAAUCCAAGUAUUCCUAUGGAUAUCUUUCCGGGGAGAGAGGUGUUCACUGCAUGAUAAGCAGUUACCUCAAUGCACCAAUUUCUCAGGAGGCUAGCAUGGCAGCAGUUGAUGUUAUUCCUCUGUUCCUGGAAACAAUUCCUGACCUACAAAUUGAUGAUGAAGAUUUAUUAAUCUCAUCAAGGGGUCAAACUGGAUCCACAGUAUGCAUUCAGCAUAUUCCAACUGGCUUAAGAGUAGAAUCCUCAGGCUAUCAUGGUGAAAGCAAAAGAAUUAUGACAUGUGGGCAAAUGCUUGCACAUACACAUAAACACACACAGAGAGGGAGGGGAAGGGAAAUCUUAAGUCCUGGAAAUCAACUUGAAAAGCAUUUGGCAUGCUAGGAGUAGGAAUCAACUCAAGAAGCAUUGAACUGGGGACAACCUUCUGCUCUAGUUUCCUUAUUGUACUCGAGACAAUUUUGAGUGACCUCAAUCUAAGGUUGCUGUUAAAAAACAACAUUUGGAUGACCAAGAAUAAAAGUGUUCAUCUUUUCAAUCCUAUUAGCAUCCUCAUGAAAGAGUAUCUAGAUAUUGAGAAAAGCAUUUGGCGAAAGUUUUGCUAUAUACACUUCCUCGCCACUAAUUAUUUUCUUACAGAUAGUCAGUCAGACAGGUAAAAUGUGCUUGCAGUUUCUUGCUAACAUAUCUUCAGAUAGAUUUAACUAUCUUGUGCUCGGUUGCUUAUGUAUCAUAUGUACAGAAUCGGAAGACUACCUGUUUCAGUGCUUUCUCAAAUACAAGGUGCACGAGGUGCCUAAAUAAUUUCAAAUAACACAGCAUAGCUCCAUGCCUGGACUAUGUGAAGCAUGAUCUGUCAUAAAUAUAUGUUGUUUCAUAAAUUCAGCCCCUGCCAGACAAGCAUUCAGUGAGCUAUUAACAUGGCAUGCCAUGAUUUUGUCCUAUAGUGAGGACUAGUUACAGCUUAAGGCUAUAUCAGCUGUUGAGUGCUUUUAUAAUUGUCUAUAAUUUUCCAAAUAAAGGGGGUCAGGUUAGUUUCUUGAACAAGAGGGUAACUAACAUGUACUAGGGACAUACAUGAAGACUGGUAAUUGUAGUUUACACUAGACAAAAAGUCUCAUUUUCUCCUUCCAUCUCCUUGCUUGUAAGUCAGUUUUCCAAGUGGUCAUAUUUCCAAAUCGGUACAUGCGGCUGUGGUUCUUAGGUGGAACAUGUCUUGUACAUGUGCAAGGGCUUGCCAUGGCAAAGGGUGCUGGAUAUAAAAGAUUUUAUGAUAAACAGACAGAUGGUGGCGGUAAUCGUUUAUUAAGUCCUUGCUAUAUGGUUUGUACCCUAUUGUAGGCUUUUCCAGCUCAACAAAUGUGGAGAUUAACUUGAGAAGAGGAUAAGAAAGUUAUUAUCACCGGAACCAUUUCACUUUCACCAUUCGAUUUAAAACCUUGUUCCUUACACUUCAUCAUACUAUCUUGUCUGUAGAUGACUCUUCUUUUCUGCGUUUGGUCCAUAAUUUCAGUGAGUAAUAAGAGAAUGUGCC